ACAGAGUUUUCACAAGGCAAAUCCUAAAUCGCACGUAUUUUCUUCCUCUUGAUCUUCAACAUAAACUCAGAACGCGAAGCAAAUCAAUUUUCCUCUUCCUCGCCGCUGACAGUGAGUGCUGUGUACAUUCCGUCCGCCACCACUUCUGCCAACAGCGCUGUGUUAAUUCCGCCGUCCGCCGCUCUUUGCGAGGAAAUUUUAAUAGCUUUUUACUUAUCAGUUCUUGUUCCUUUGAUCGCUCUUAGUAUAAUGUCCAUUAAAUUAUGUUUAUUUGAAUUGAAUUAAGAAGGGAUCAUAAAUCGGAGAUAAUGUACCAGUGGAGAAAAUUUGAGUUCUUCGAAGAAAAAUACGGAGGAAAAAGCAAGAUACCAGACGAGGGUAUAACUGGAAAUAUUAAUUGUUGCUCUAGCGGUAGAGGUAAGGUCGUGAUCGGCGCCGAUGAUGGCCAAGUCACCUUACUAGAUCGCGGACUUCACUUUAAUUUCUCAUUUUCAGCUCAUUCUUCCUCCGUACUCUUCCUCCAGCAACUUAAACAACGGAAUUUCCUUGUUACUGUUGGUGAAGAUGAGCAAAUUACACCACAGCAAUCUGCAAUGUGCCUCAAGGUUUUCGACCUCGAUAAGAUGCAAGCCGAAGGAACGAGCUCUACUGUCCCGGAUUGUAUCGGGAUUUUGCGCAUCUUCACCAAUCAGUUUCCUCAAGCUAAGAUAACGUCGUUUUUAGUGCUGGAGGAAGCUCCUCCGAUAUUGCUCAUAGCUAUUGGAUUAGAUAAUGGUUCGAUUUACUGUAUUAAAGGAGAUAUUGCUAGGGAGCGUAUUACGCGAUUCAAGCUUCAGGUUAUGGAUAAUGGUAAUGUUUCAGAGAAAAGUGAUUGUUCUGUUACUGGUCUUGGAUUCAGAGUGGAUGGUCAAGCCCUUCAAUUGUUUGCUGCAACACCGGAUUCUGUUAGUCUUUUUAGCUUGCAGAGUCAGCCGCCCAUACGCCAAACACUAGAUUAUAUAGGAUGCAAUGUCAAUAACGUAGCUAUGAGUGAUCGCUCGGAGUUGAUAAUUGGUAGACCAGAAGCUGUGUAUUUUUACGAAGUUGAUGGGCGUGGUCCUUGCUGGGCGUUUGAGGGAGACAAGAAAUUUGUAGGAUGGUUUCGUGGUUAUCUUCUAUGUGUGAUUGCUGAUCAAAGAAGUGGUAAAGAUACUUUCAACAUUUAUGACCUGAAGAACCGUUUAAUAGCUCACAGUCUAGUUGUUAAAGAAGUUUCUCACAUGCUUUGUGAAUGGGGUAACAUAAUUCUUAUAAUGAAUGAUAAGUCAGCUUUAUGUAUUGGAGAGAAAGAUAUGGAAAGUAAGUUAGAUAUGCUAUUCAAGAAAAACCUUUACACUGUUGCUAUCAACCUUGUCCAAAGUCAACAAGCUGAUGUUGCUGCCACUGCCGAAGUGCUUAGGAAAUAUGGAGAUCAUCUAUACAGUAAACAAGACUAUGAUGAGGCUAUGGCUCAGUAUAUCAACACUAUCGGUCACCUUGAACCUUCAUACGUGAUACAAAAGUUCUUGGAUGCUCAAAGAAUUCACAACCUUACAAAUUACUUAGAAAAAUUACAUGAGAAGGGGCUUGCUUCUAAAGAUCAUACCACUCUUCUCUUAAACUGCUACACCAAAUUGAAAGACGUAGACAAGCUGAAUUUAUUUAUUAAAAGUGAGGAUGGUGGUGGGGAACAUAAGUUCGAUGUGGAAACUGCUAUAAGGGUCUGCCGUGCUGCCAAUUACCAUGAGCAUGCAAUGUAUGUUGCUAAGAAGGCUGGGAGACAUGAAUUGUAUUUAAAGAUCUUACUUGAAGACCUUGGCAGAUAUGACGAGGCCUUGCAGUAUAUAUCGAGCCUUGAACCAAGUCAGGCUGGUGUUACAGUAAAGGAAUAUGGUAAAAUUCUCAUAGAGCACAAGCCGGUCGAGACAGUUGGGAUACUUAUGAGGCUUUGCACUGAGGAUGGAGAAUCAUCAAUGAGAGGAUCCUCAAGUGGUGUAUAUUUGUCAAUGUUGCCAUCUCCUGUGGAUUUUCUUAAUAUUUUCACCCAUCACCCGCAUUCCCUUAUGGAUUUUCUUGAAAAAUAUACUGACAAAGUAAAGGAUUCUCCUGCUCAGGUAGAAAUUCACAAUACAUUGUUGGAACUCUACCUCUCAAAUGAUUUGAACUUUCCUUCAAUAUCACAAGAAAGCAAUGGUGUAGAUAAUUCACUUAAAGGUAAAUCUGGAGCAGCUGAGAAAUCCAAAGCAGAAUCAAAUGGGAAAGAAACUGUUGAUCAAAAAGAUACAUAUAAGGAAAAAAACCGUUUGAAAAGGCAACAAAAUGGACUUUCUUUGCUCAAAAGUGCAUGGCCAGCUGACCAGGAGCAUCCCCUUUACGACGUUGAUCUUGCUAUAAUUCUGUGUGAGAUGAAUGCAUUUAGAGAGGGACUAUUGUAUCUCUAUGAGCAGAUGAAGCUUUUUAAAGAGGUUAUUGCUUGCUACAUGCAGGCCCACGAUCAUGAAGGAUUAAUUGCAUGCUGCAAAAGACUAGGGGAUUCUGGUAAAGGAGGUGACCCGACUCUUUGGGCAGAUCUGCUAAAAUAUUUUGGUGAACUGGGAGAAGAUUGCUCCAAAGAAGUGAAAGAAGUUUUGACUUACAUAGAAAGGGAUGACAUCUUGCCUCCUAUUAUUGUUGUUCAGACCCUGUCUCGAAAUCCAUGCCUCACUCUUUCUGUCAUCAAGGAUUACAUAGCUCGGAAGCUUGAACAAGAAUCCAAGUUGAUUGAUGAGGAUCGUCGAGCAAUUGAUAAGUAUCAGGAGGACACAUUGGCAAUGAGAAGAGAAAUUCAGGAUCUUAGGACUAAUGCAAGAAUCUUUCAACUCAGCAAGUGUACUGCUUGCACUUUCACUCUUGAUCUUCCUGCCGUGCACUUCAUGUGCAUGCAUUCAUUCCAUCAGCGUUGCCUUGGUGAUAAUGAAAAAGAAUGCCCUGAAUGUGCUCCUGAGUACAGAUCAGUAAUGGCAAUGAAGAGAAGUCUAGAACAUAAUUCCAAAGACCAAGAUCAGUUUUUUCAGCAAGUGAGAAGUUCCAAAGACGGGUUCUCUGUGAUUGCCGAGUACUUUGGAAAAGGGAUAAUCAGCAAAACCAGUAAUGGCUCCACAGGCACUCUCAGCACGGCUUCCAGCAGUGGGUUCUGAGGUGUUUUGAGUGUUGACAAAUUACGGUAUGAUCCAUUGUUUGCAACAGCUGCUUAUAAGGUUACAAAUUCUCCGUAGAGCAGCAUCAAACUGAUGACAUAUUGCUGAAGGUUUGUUGCUUGUUCUCUCAACAAAUAGAGGAUUUUGAGGCACGUCUUCAAAAAAUGUGGGUUUUCAAGCAUUUGAGUGUGGUUAGUUUAUGUAUAGCUGAUUGUGCAUUGUGUAAUAAAUUAUAUACUUGAGCAGGCAGUCGACCUUUCUGUAUUCAGAAUUUUUUGGGUCAAUGUUAUUAUCUUGUUGUUUUAUGAACAAAUUUCUUAUUUGAUUUUGAUCAUGGCUAAAUGUACAAUUUAGAUCCUUAUGUUUGA